ACAAGCUUCUUCCAUAGACCGAUCAAAUAAACAAAUAGAAAACAAGCUUCUUCCAUAGUCUAUACACUCCACAAUAGCAAGAGAUUUGAGUGUUUGUUCAAGAGAGCCGAAAUGGAGAAGAUGAUAAUGGAAAAGAGAGGUCAUGUUCUUAUGAUUCCGUUUCCAAGUCAAGGUCAUAUAAACCCAUGUCUACAGUUCCUAAAAAGAUUAGCUUUCAAAGGUGUCAAAACCACAUUAGUCACAACCAAAUUCAUAUCCAAAUCAACCAAACCAGUACUUGGGCAUAACAUCGGUAUUGAAUUCAUAUCGGACGGAUAUGAUAACGGUGGCUUUGCCGAAUCAGAGAGUAUAGAGUCCUAUCUACAGCGGUUACAAACAGUGGGUUCGGCAGAAUUAACUCAACUUAUCAAGAAACUAAACAGCUCUUCUGAGGUACAAAAUCCUGUGAACUGCAUAAUUUACGACGCGUUCUUGCCGUGGGCUUUAGACGUAGCCAGACAAUUUGGGUUAGUAGGAGGAUCAUUUUUCACUCAACCUUGUGCCGUCAAUAACAUAUAUUACCAGUUUGGGAAGGGUCUGUUAAAGAUCGACGACAGUACGGUGGUCAAUAAUAAUAAUGUUCUGGUUCCCGGGCUGCCUAUACCUCUCCGGGCGUCAGAUUUACCAUCUUUCCUGGGUGUGCCCGGAACAUACCCAGCUUACUUGGAGCUUGUUUUGAAUCAGUUUGUAAACUUAGAAGAAGCUGACUGGAUCUUUAUCAAUAGCUUCAACAUGUUGGAAAUUCAGGUUGUGGAUUGGAUGACCAAGACAUUUCCACAAUUAAGAACGAUUGGACCGACAAUACCAUCAGCGUACUUGGACAACAGAAUCGAAGGCGACAAUGAUUACGGACUCAGCCUUUUCAAACCAGAUAGUAGCAUCUGCAUGAACUGGUUAAACUCAAGAGCUAAUGGCACGGUAGUUUAUGUAUCUUUUGGGAGCAUGGCUGAGCUAAACAAAGAACAGAUGGAAGAACUUGCAAUGGGUUUGAUUGGAAGCAAUGCUUAUUUCUUGUGGGUAGUCAGGGGGUCAGAAGAACAAAAACUAUCCAGUAAACUUUUGACAGAAAUCGAAAGUGGAAACAAAGGUUUGGUUGUGAAAUGGAGUCCUCAGUUAGAAGUACUCUCACAUGUAGCAGUUGGAUGUUUUGUGACACAUUGUGGAUGGAAUUCUACGUUAGAAGCGUUAUCUUUGGGAGUUCCAAUGGUGGGGAUACCACAGUGGACAGAUCAACCAACAAAUGCAAAGUUUAUAGCAGAUGAGUGGAGAGUAGGCGUACGAGUUAAGGUUAAUGAUGAUGAGAAGGGGAUUUGGACAAGGAAGGAUUUGGAUGUAGCCAUUAGGGAAAUUAUGGAGGGAGAUAGAGGAAAAGAGAUGAAGAGAAACUCAAGCAAGUGGAGGGAGCUAGCUCAACAGGCAGUGGGUCUAGGUGGAAGCUCUGAUCAAUAUCUCGACGAGUUUGUAGCCACACUAAUAUGCUAGCUCUUGAGUUCUGAUGCGGCUGAAUCAUAAUAAAGAUAAAGAUUAAUUUUAUGUCUGUCUGUACUAGAAUGAGUCCCCAAGUGAAAUGUGCUUGGCCUAUCUGUCCGAACGCAUUUGCUAAACCCCCGAACUUAUGUGUACCCUCUAGUUUACUCAAAUUCAUAAUCAUAAUCCUGUAAUUGCUGAAAUCCACACCAAGUUAAGGAGUUUGGAUAGAUGCUGCUCGUUUAUGGAUAUCAGCCAGAGCUUCACCAUAGCAACAACCACUACAAAGAAUAUUUCGUCCAUGUGAUGUUCCAAACAUCCCAUCCAGGAACCACUAAUCUAGGACAUCAAAAAAAAAAUGUUGCGAUUGUCAUAAUGUUGUGAUUGUUUUUCUGUUAGCAUCUAAAAGCCAUUGAUUUUA